AGACGCAAAAUCAAAAUAGAGUAUAUCGCUGAUAAAUCUAGACGACAAAUCACUUUCUCAAAAAGAAAAGCCGGUAUCAUGAAAAAGGCCUAUGAACUGGCAACCUUGACUGGAACCCAGGUAUUUUUACUGGUGGUAUCAGAGACAGGGCUGGUAUACACAUUCACAACCUCCAAGCUACAGCCACUGGUGGCCAAGGGGGAAGGCAAGGGCCUUAUCCAAGCGUGUCUGAAUGCG